AUGGGCAGCAGCAAGGAGGGCAAGAUUCGCUCGGCUCCGGCUUAUACAAUUACGGGUCGCGAGAAGCCUCCGUUGAUUCCAGUGAUGAUCUUCCCCGGACCCGGAUACUACGAUGGCGAGUACACAGCGGUCAAACCGAAGCCACCGGUGUAUUCGAUGCGCGGCAAGUACAAGAUGGGCAGCGAGGACUCAAAGCCCGGACCCGGAGCCCACUGUCCGGAGAAGUACUGGGAGAAACGUUCACCUCCCGCCAUAUCCUUUGGCAUCCUUCACUCGCCCUAUAUCAAGAAACCCGUGGCGGUAACAGUACCAGAAAAAUGCCUUCGCUUUUUGUUGGAGACUUUCGGUAUCAAGCACUCGCAGUAUCUGGGCCGUUUGAACGAGAAAAACUCCGAGUUUGACUAUAGCUUCUCCGGAAUCUGCUGA